GCAGGUUUGCGCUGGCCCAAUGGGCUGGGCGCGGUGGGCCUGCCGGUGGGUCUGGCGAAGGCCAGCCUGGGUGUGGCCAUGCGGCCCGCCGCGGGCACCGUGGAGGCCUUCAGCAAGGUGCUGCAGGGGGUGGGCCUGCUGUGCCUGGGCAAGCGGGGCAUCCAGGGCAAGUUGGCCCGCAGGGUGCAGGCGCCAGGUCUGGCCAUCACGGAUGUGGUGCAGGCGGCCCGGGCCAACGCGGUCCAGGAGGCCUACCAGGCAUCGUUGAUUGCCGCAUGGCAGAAUGCACUUCCCAACAUUUCUUCGUCUCUGGCGGGUGAUGAAGUGGUGGACGUGGUUGCGGCGCGCCCCACCCGCGUGGUGCUGCUGACCAGCCGCCACCUCGCCUACAUCGUCGCAAAGCGACAUUCCUCCUCAUCCUCAUUCUCGUCUACGGCUGCUUCCAGCGGACACGGCGGCGGUGGCGCCUUCACCGUGUCGUACCGCGUCAAGUGGAUCAUCCGCAACGACCACAUCGACAACAUCCGUGGUCUUGAGCGCAACUACGCGGUCAGUGUGGAGUACCACAAGCCCGUCAACCUGGGCCGCAUGUCUCUGAAGCUGCCGCUGCGGAAGGGCAUGCGGACCUCCACCGCGGAGGGGCACAAGAACCUCAUCUUCCGCCUCAACCGCCACAUCGGACACGCCACCUCCGGUGCCUCCCGCGACUUUGGCAGCUUGGCGGCGGCCGCGUCAGGCGGCGGCGCUGCCUCUGCUGGCGUGGACGUUCAGGAGCUGCGCAUCACGAUGCCGCAUGCAGGCCAUGCCAGCUCCGCCGGUGUGGGCGGCGGUGUGGCGGGUUCGCGGGGUGUACCGCUGGGGAUGGUGUCCAGCGGUAGCUUGGGUGGUGGUGCUGGGGCUUGCGUGGACAGCGCCCCUGGGAGUGCGGAGGCGCUCCACAUGGCUGCGACCUCGCGCCCGGGCAGGACGCAGGCCAUGAACUCCAGUUAGUGGGCAUGGCAUGGGGGUCGGCUAGGUGAUAGCUCGUACAGGUGCCUGCUACAAGUGUCAGCAGUAGGUGUACGCGCUCGUACAUGUGGUAGCGGUACAUAUACCCUAGGUGACAUAGCUAGUAUGUUGCGUUCCAUAGACUACCCUGCUCGUCGUCGUCGCCACCGUCGUCGGGAUGGGCCUUUAGCACUACAGUAGGCACGCUUAGGAUAGGACUUACAAGUGAUAUGUUGCAUUCGCAUGCAAUGCGUCUGAUGUUUCCACAUUGUGUACUGCUUGAGAAAUUUUGCCUUGGACGACCAAACCCUCUUCAGUAUAUGUGACGCUUCACGUUCGUUGACACCGAAGUACAAGGUAUCGGGGGAAUGGGAGUUAUGUUUUCUUGAGUGGAGCUGCCUUGGGGCUCGUCAUAGCCCACUCCGCUGCAGCAUCAGCUUCGACCGACGAUGUGCUGCGCCUGUAGAUGCACUACAGAUCAUAACGAAUGUUCGGAUUGGUUGCAAUGAAUUUACCGUGACUACAUGUGGACAUUGGUUCCCCGAGGAGGCGGAUCGCAACACAUCCAUACCUUUAUUCAUGGGGCUGAUGGCCCCGGCGCAGGCUAAGCGUUGCAUGUCUUGUCUUGUCGGAAUACCGUAAACCCCAUUUCUUGUCAUAUGCAUAUAUUUAUGUUCAUGGGUGUCUUGGAGACGAGCGGUGCAACUGGUCUCGCAUCAUGUAGCCAUUAGCCAAGGUUGGCCAG